AACGUCUUUAAAGUCGAUUAUUACCUCAAUGCGAUGACCUUGUUCUUUGAUCAAAAAAAGUGCAUUAAGAACUUGCUCAAGGUGUUAAAGAUUACCAUCCCAUACAAAGAAUAAUGGGGUUUUCUCUGUUAUGGUGAAAAUCCAUUGUUUGCACAAGGCUAGGCAAUUUAUUUGAAAUUCAAGAUUUGGCAAUUGACAGUAUUUGUGUUCCUAGUGAUCCACUGCCAUUAACCAACUUUAGGRGCAGGUGAAAGGAAUUUCUGACAAGCGACAGUAGAUUGGACACUAGCCAUCUAUUCACAUUCGAGUUUUUUUAAAUUCAUCUUAAAUUUACACUGGUUCGUCUCCCGCUAUAUGAAGAAGUAUUUUUCUUGAUACAAAGUCUGGUGAUGUCGCACAAACKCAGUGUUUGGUUCGCGUCUUUGUGCUUUUGGACAUUAAAGGUUUUAACAGUUGUUCAAGCCGAUCCACAAUAUGACUUAGAAGUUACAGGCGGAAWGACUUUGAAGAUUAACACUGAGAACCUCACUUAUGAAAUUGUUGGAUUUCCAUUGAAUAMMUUGAAUGUAAYAGUCCGYAAUUGCARUGCUARUAAKUCAGGUGCGAUGGACGUAGCAGUUUUGUCCAUACAAGGCAGUAUUAAGUUUCAUCGUGGAUCACAAAUUAAUAUAACUGGAAAUCGUUCCCUUGUUAUUGAAAGCAUCAAAGGAAAUAUUAUAAUUAACACCACUAUUGAAAUGAAAUGCAUCGUUGGAAGAACUGCUGGAAAAGAGAGAUGUUUGGGUGCCUACAUUGAAGCAAAAUAUUGUCAAUACAGCGGCUUAUAUGCAGGUAUUUCGAUGACAAAAGUAAAAUGUAAUUWGAAUGGCUGCUCUACGUUUUAACCUUAAAUCCAUGAUGUUUAACUUUCGUUCAUGCGACAAGGGUGGGUUCAUUACKUAUACUGAUGUUCACAUAUGACCACAUAACAGCCAGUUAUGCUCUGUAGUCUGCCCGUUGAUGGAAUACUGAUCAGAUCGGUUUUAGUACAGUUGUUGCCUUUGUUUUCCCACACACCCUACCCAGGAGGUGCAUCUUAAAA